GAGGAUCCCCGCGCUGCAGCACAAGACUACGACGACUAGCUUAGAUAUCCGUAUCUCCCAUUAAUUACCUACAACGCCAUCACCAUACCAUCCCAUCACCUGAAGCUUCCUCCUAACGCUUCUUCUUCAAUUCUCUUCCCCUCUCAUCAUUUUCUACACCGUCUGAAGGCAUACACACACACACAUACCUCUUGACUGCAGAAUGUCAUACCAACAACCUCCAUACCCGGGUGCUUACGGCGCCCCUCCCCCAGGCCGUGAGUGAACAUUUUCUUUGCGCCCGAGCUUACCACUGAUGACGAGCUUUAGAAUACCCUCCUCCACAACAACCAUACGGCGGAUAUCAGCAACCUCCUCCGCCUCAACAACCCUACAGAGCUCCAUAUGGAGCUCUCCCUCCAGGCCGUAUGUUUCCAUGAUCCGUAAAGGCAAUUUGUGAAAGACUGACCAUUGAAAACAGAGUAUCCUCCACAACAAUCGCAUAGUCCAUAUCCUCCCCAGAAUGCUGGUUAUGGCCAACCACCUCCACCACAACCUUACGGAGCUCCCCCGCCUGGUCGUAAGUGUACUUUUUGGAAGCAUAUUACGAGCAGGAGCUAACAGGAUAAAACAGAAUACCCCCCACCUCAACCACACAGUCCAUAUCCUCCUCCUCAACACGCUGGCUACGGACAGCCUCCUCCUCCGCAGCAAUAUGGACAGCCACCACCGCAACAGUAUGGAGGAUACGUAGUUCCGACUCCACCAUCACUAGGUUAUGGACCACCAACACAGAUCCAAUAUGACGGUGUACAGGAUGCAGAGGCUCUUCGAAAAGCAAUGAAGGGGUUCGGCACAGAUGAAAAGAUGCUGAUCCGAGUAUUGUCGCAAAAAGAUCCUCUUCAAAUCAACGUAAUUCGACAAACGUUCAAUUACCGAUUCAGCAGAGACCUGAUUAAAGACAUCAAAAGCGAAACAAGUGGAUGGUUUGAAGAAGGACUUUGUGCACUUGCUCGCGGACCAUUGCUCCAAGAUGUCCACCUAUUACGCGAAGCUAUGAGCGGACCUGGUACGAAGGAGAAGGUUCUAAAUGACGUAUUACUGGGACGAUCAAAUGCAGAUAUGCGGGCAAUCAAGGAAACAUAUCAAAAGACUUACCGCCGAAAUCUGGACUCGGAUGUUAAGGGCGACUUGAGUAUGAAGACUGAGAGACAUUUCUUGAUGGUAUUGGCUGCGAACAGAAAUGAGGAGAGCACGCCUCUUAUUCCACAACAAAUUGAUGCGGAUAUCCAAGAGCUUUAUAAAGCUACAGAGGGCAAGAUGGGUACAGAUGAGUUGAUGGUCUGCAAUAUCCUUACCAAUAGAAGUGAUGCGCAAAUUGGAGCGAUCGCACAUACGUACCAGCAGAAAUUCAGACGCGAUUUAGCCUCUGUUAUCAAGAGCGUAAUUCGCCCCUUCAUAUCCUUUUAAAUUCAGUCUAACAACAACAGGAAUUCUCCGGACACAUGGAAAUGGCUCUCCUCCACCAACUCUGCACCGGAACCGACAAAGCCAUGCGCGAUGCCAUACUCCUCGAAGAAACAAUGGCUGGAAUGGGUACCAAAGAUGCCCUCCUUACCAACCGAGUGAUUCGCAUGCACUGGAACCGAAACCACAUGCAGAAUGUUAAGGGUGCCUACCAACAUAAGUUUCGGCGCACUCUAAAGAGUAGAAUCAUGGGCGAGACGUCCGGGGAUUACGAGAGGUUAUUAGUCGCUUGUAUCCAUGAUUAAAUCUUUUGGCUGAUGUAGGAUAGCAUGAUGUUGGGGUUGAUUUAUGAGCUAUGAUGACGAGAGGAUGCAGCCACACGGCCUCGAUUUUAAGUUCUUUUCUUUUUUCUUCUUUUUCUUUCUACUCCUGGGAAUGCGGUCACGAUAUGGAUUUGGAUUUGGAUUUGGAUUGGGUCUCGCUUGGGUAUUGGCGGGUGGGAGUGGGAGUAGGAGUAGGAGCAGGAUUGGGUCGGUUGAUGA